AUGCAGCUAAUGCUGCGAGUGCUUAAAAAGAAAACGUUUAUCCUGGCUUGCCUAACUAUUUUUUGCUUGUGCUUCUUUUUACUCGGUAAUUUGCAGUACAUGUGUCUCAGAAAUGCGGCUCUAAAUAUUUCCUGCACAAUUCGCGGCGAAUACAUCAAGUCACUGCUGCGGCAAGACGCUGCAUGGUUUGAUCAGCAAAAAGCAGGCACACUUACCGCUCAGCUUAAUGAGAAUAUCAACAAAAUCAGGGAUGGUAUCGGCGAUAAAGUGGGCCUGAUAGUGCGCAAUAUGACAAUGUUUUUAACCGGUAUUAUAGUUGGUUUUAUCUACAACUGGAGAGUAACGCUGGUUAUGUUCGGCUUGGGACCUGUAUCGGCCGCACUCCUUUCCUUCAUGGCACGGGUGCGUCUUUUGAUUGAAAUCCAGUAG